AUGGCUCUAGAAGCCAUAGGCUUCGGCUUGACAGUGGCUGGCUUCGCCAAAGCGCUACCAGAGAUCCUCAAAUGUGCCCAGGACAUUCUCGCCUCAAAACAAAAUAGCUAUGAGCUCAAGAAACAGAAAAGAAAGUUCGACCGUUAUGUAUCCAAGGUCGAGACUGAACUCAAACGCUUGCUGAGAAACAAGCCUCGUCGUGUUCCGAAGGACCUUCUACGCGCGAGCUUGGCCCUUGUCAAGUACUGUAAAGGCUGCAUCUUCAAGGCUGACAAUUUUUACAAGAGGUUUGAAGCCGAUCCAUGGACCUUCCGCUUUAUGACUCACGUGGCGCGUGUCUUUGGCAAGGAUAGGAUUCGGCUCCUGAGAAUACGGCUUGGAGAAGGGGAGGACUGGCUGCGCAUUGCAUUGGCUACCGUCGCACUCAACGAGAAUCAGGAGGCUGCCCAGGCGGAUCUCGAAACGCGCCUGCAAUACAAGCAUCGGGCAGAACAGCUCCGUCACGAUCUCGAAAAGGCGGAACAGUACCGAGAUGAUUUCCCGGCACGCAUGAAGCACAUGAACAAAGCUAGGGUGGACUACAGGUGCAUUGCUCACCAUGCCCACGCUAUCGCUCAUAGUCCCGUGUUCGAAGGCUCGGAUCUGAGCUCGUCAUCCAUGGCCAUUUCUGCUUCGCCCUCCGGUUCUGAACACGGUAGUCAAGGGACACAUUUGCAUCCCCCUCCCCGGGCCUAUUUCUAUGAGCAGAAUGCUAUUCCCACGUAUCGAGACUUUGGAGGGUAUCCGGAGUCAGAAGUCCCAGAAGUCAGAGAGUUUCUCACUAUCAGUCUGCUACCUGGGGUCCUACUCUUCGGCACGGAUGGCUUCCUCAAGACCCGACGCCCCGAGUCCCAAGCGAAGCGGCCCCCCGCAUACCGCGGAGCAGGCAACGACACCACAAUAUAG